GGCUGCCCGCAGGAACGAACCGCGGUUGCGGGGACAGCAGGUGCCUGGCUGCCCGCCUGGGAAGGAGAGGCUCCGGAGGACGGGUCUCCUUAGAAGGCAGCGAGUCCCUCGGAGCCCCGACGGAGGGAGCGAGGUGCCUUGGGGACGGGGGAAUUGCUCGCUGCUCCCCCCAUCCGCUUCUGCUCCUUGGAACGGGGACUUCCUGGACUGACGUCGCAGUUCCCUUUAGGAAGAACUAGGCUAGUGGAGGUCUAGAAAGCCAUGCUUUGGGCAUGGUAACUUGGUGCUAAGGGAGGGUGUCAGCUUUUGGGAUGAAGGAAAUGAACAAGGUCUUUCUUCCCUUCUCACCUGUGCUGCGGAUUGUUAAACGUCUUCUUUCAAUGCAGUUAUUUGCCACCUGUACCAAAAUACCUUGCUUUUGUUUGUAUUACCUUCAGGAGAUGGCCUCUUCUAAGUCUUUGAUGAGCCUUCUAACCUUCACUUUUGGAUCAGCAGUAGGAUUUUUCAUAUGUUAUCUUCUGUUUAGCAUUAUACUGGAAGAACAGGUUAAGAUCCAGCCUCAUAUCCUUCACAAUGAUCCACAUGGUCAACACUCUGCAGAUACUGAUAACAAUCAGCUGCAAGGACAAAUGAAUUUCAACGCAGACUCUGGACAGCAUAAAGAUGAGAAUAAAAAUAUUGCAGAGGGACUGUAUCAGAAGGUGAAAAUACUGUGUUGGGUCAUGACUGGACCUCAAAAUCUGGAAAAAAAAGCCAAACAUGUUAAGGCCACUUGGGCCCAACGUUGUAAUAAAAUACUUUUUAUGAGCUCUGAGGAAAAUAAAGACUUCCCAACUGUGGGCCUAGAAACCAAAGAAGGCAGGGACCAGCUAUACUGGAAGACUAUUAAAGCUUUUCAAUAUGUAUAUGACCAUUAUUUUGACGAUGCUGAUUGGUUUAUGAAAGCAGAUGAUGAUACAUAUGUUAUAUUGGACAAUUUGAGAUGGCUUCUUUCAAAAUACAGUCCUGAACAACCAAUAUAUUUUGGAAGAAGGUUUAAGCCUUAUGUGAAACAGGGCUACAUGAGUGGAGGAGCAGGAUAUGUUCUGAGCAAAGAAGCUCUGAAGAGAUUUGUUGCUGCGUUUAAAAUGAACAAAUGCUCUCACAGUUCCUCUAUUGAAGACCUAGCACUAGGAAAAUGCAUGGAGAUCAUUAAUGUGGAAGCAGGAGAUUCUAGGGAUACAAAUGGUAGGGAAACCUUUCAUCCCUUUGUUCCAGAACACCACUUAAUCAGAGGAUACCUACCAAAAACAUUUUGGUACUGGAAUUAUAAUUAUUAUCCUGCUGUAGAGGGUCCCGGAUGCUGCUCCGAUCUAGCAGUUUCAUUCCACUACGUUGAUUCUGUGACUAUGUAUCAUUUGGAAUAUUUGAUUUAUCAUCUCCGUCCAUAUGGGUAUUUGUAUCGGUACAAUCCUGAUUUGGCAAAGAGUCCAGAAGAGCAGAGGAAGAAUGAAGCACUGGAGGAUAAUCAAAAGCUAAAGCAAAAAAUUUCUGAGAAUUAACUGAACUUUGAAGAAAACAAAAGAAGCCAGUACAAGAGUCUGAAUAAGAGUCUCCUCAAACUCCUGCAUGAAGCUUGUGGACUAAAAUUUCUCAUGGCAAUUCUUAUUUCAAAAAUCACGUUGGCAGUACUUGCUAUCACUGUCUGUGUACAAUAGAGUCCAGUGCUGGCUGUGACUGUUUGAGAUAGAGUGACCUUGCAGUCCUGCUCAUAAAGAUUUGGGACCUUAAAGUUGUGAAAUAGGAGUUUGUUCUGGUACACUAAUAUCUGGAAGAAUUUGUAUAAAAAACAUAGUGGAUGGGUUCAAAGAUAAUCACACAGUAUUUCUGUUCCUUUUUCUGUUCUUCUCUGUUUGCUUCCAGAUGUUCUGUUAGGUCAGUUCUAAUAUGAGAAAUUGGAUGUUGCAUAGUCAAAUACUUCAUUAUGGCUUUCUCUAGUAUUCUGAAUGUCUUGAAGUUACUUUGUGUAUCUUGCCCUAUAAGGAGAGGCAUGAAAAUACAGUCUCAAGUCUGCUUUGCCUUAACAAUAGACUGGUUAUUAUGAAUAGGCAGAGAUGCACCCAAAAGAUUAAUCCGAAUUGUUUCAGAAAUUGAAUUCACUGCUAUGAAUUAUUUUUAAAAUUUUUAAGUCCCUGUUGCACAAAACAAUAUGGAGUUUGGUCACUAUUGUUUUAGGGAGAAACCCAGAAAUAGUAUUGUUUAAAUUGCUGAGGUGAUGCAAGCUGCUUACAUAUUUGCCUGUGGCUUUUUAUUUGGUAUAAGUUGGUGAAUCAAUAUGAAUUUUUGGUUUGAAUCAAUACAAAUUUCUUGACUCAAUAUGAAAAUUCAUCUCAGAAUUUCUCAGCAUAAGGUAAGGUAGAUGCUUUUUGAAAUAGAAGUCUCUCUUCCAUCAAAGAAUAGUAUUUUAGCAAAGUUACAAUGGCAUUAUAAUAACUUGGUUUGAGGCAAUAUAAUCAGUUUGUUUCCAUUUAAUUUUCACUCUGAGAUUGUGGAGUUACCUUAUUUGUUAGAAUUUUACAGAUACAAACGAGUCUUAUUUUAAAACUGCAGCAAAACUGAUUUGACUGCUUCCCUACACAUCUGGUAUAUUUGGCUGAAAUACUUAAUUUCACUUUUCUAAAUUUUUUUUUUCUUUUUUCCUCCACUUUUAAAAAUUUCUUCUGUAUCUGCUUCUUGUUACCUUUUUCAGAACAAAGUGUUAAAUGAUCCUUAUUUCACUUUUUUUUUUGAAGCUGAAGUAUAUAGUUACUCAGGUAAGCCAGCCUGAAUGCAGGAAUCUUUCAAAGUGCGUUUUCUCCACUACUUUAUGAGUAUCUCUGCCUCUUAACUGAAAACACUUAUCUUGGUGUGGGACAAAAUAGGUGUUUCAAUUACUGAAAAAUAUUAGAAGGCCAAGCCUAUGUUUUGUACAGUUAGUGUAAAACUUUCUGUUUUUUUCUUUGAAACUGAGUGAAUAACAGUAUGGGGGAUGGUGUUAAGCUUGACAUGUAGUGUGUCUUUAUUCCACACUUGAACAAAAGUUUCUUCAUCUUUAUCACUUUUCACCUUCAUCAUAUUGAUGAAUUUGGACAUAACCUAAUUACCUCCAGUCAUUGUUCUGGAAAGGGCACAUUCUGGUAGCAGGCAGCCUUAUUUACUGCUGCUGUCCUUCAGGAUGUUCCUGGAAGAAGAGGAUGUUACUAUAAAGUACUGGAAUUUUUUUUCCAAAGAUAGUUCUUGUACAGAUUGGGGUUCUAUCUGUUGUUGAACAGUAGAGAGUCAUGACUUCCUUUCUUGCCAUUGCUUUGUAGCAUGAUGGCAAUUAUGGGAAUAUCUCAUGGAGUUGAAAUAUUAGAUGCAUCUUCUCUGCCUGAAUAUAGGCUGGGUUCAUGUGUCAAGUAUUAGUUAAAUGAAUAUUUCCUGCAGGGUUCAAUCUGAUGGUGUUUUAUGAGCAAAACUGCCUCUGAAGUACCGAAAGGGACACAAGCUUUAUUUUAUGUUUAUUGACUUAAGCAGAAAAUUAUAACUGCAUUUGUUUAGAAAAGGCAAAAAAGUCUCCAGUUUGCUCUAGUCAGAGGGAUGCUUGUCCAGAGGAGAAUGGAUGGUAUCAUGCUGAAAGGUGCUUCCUUCUGUGAGCUAAAGGUUUAUCCCACAUGCAGCACAAACCAAUAAUCUUGUGAAAUCUAUAUGAUAUUGAUAACUCCAGUGGCAUUGUUCAAGCACUCAAUUAGAAUUUUCUGGAAUACCUAAGGAAGUUAUAAAAUGAAAUCAAGAUCCGAUCCCAACUUAAUGUCUUUUGUAAAUUCAGCCCAUGUAGAAGAACUACUGAAUUCCUGCACUGUUCUGUUAUUACUGUUUUCUUCCCCAGUUUAUCUGUAGGGAUUUAAAGAUUUUUCUACCACAACAGGCAGAGCUAUUCUUGCAUAUUUUAUGCAGAUUUGUGUCCUGUGUUUGCCCUGUGCUGCCAUGUGAAGUAACAUAAUUCCUUCUUCAUGUUCCUUACUAUCCCAACUAUCCCGUCUUUGGGUUUCCAGUUUCAUCAUGCAUAGGUCUCAGGUGGACAAGGGGAAGCAGGUGGUGAGAUGUUUGAGCUCUGCACAGGUUGGUUGCUGAGGUGGCAAGUUAAACCAGCCACUGCUGAGUUCACGGUGAAGCCUGUUCUCAGCAGUGGUUUUGAUUCUUGUCUGCUGCCCAGCUGGGGCUUGUGGGUUUAGCAGAGCAGGGCAGGAAUGUCUCUUUCCACAAAACAUGCAGGACCUCGGAAGGAGGGGGGGAAUAAAGCUAGAAGUUCUGUUUCUUGAAGGAAUAAGGCUAAGAACAUACUACCUUGUGAUAAAUAGGUGGCCUAUCUGGAGCAAUAAAAGUAGCCUUUUUCUUCAGAUGUCCAUUCUUGCUUUGUUUUAAAGUGUCCUUGUUCUUAGGCCUCUGAAUCUAUUUCUUUUGCCUAACAGCACUGCAAAGAAUUUUUUUUUUUCCUUCCAGACAAGCUAGAAAAUGAUCAGUUUUUACAUUCUGUGUUUAUAAGAGGACUGUUGUUCUCUGUUGAAUUGUAUUGCCAUAACAAUGAGCUGAUACCUCUGAAAUAAUUGGUUUGUAUCUAUCUGCCUUCAAAAGCUUCAGUAGAUGAGGUUGGAAUGUGAACAAUUAGUAUAAUUGUAUGAUAUUACACUACUAUUAGUAAUUUGUUAUUUCACUCUCAGGUCUUUGUGCUUUGAGAAAGUAUUUAUUGAGUUUGAGUAUUUCUGCAGCCCAAGGAGGCUACUGUAUUUCAGGUGGAUAGACCUUUCUGAAGCACAGCAACAUAGGCUCUCUUAGGCUAUACCGGUUAUUGCUCUGUGUGUUUUAUUUUGUUUCUAAAAGAGGUUGCUUAAUUUUGUAAAACCCAAAAGCUUCCAUUGGCUUUAAAUGACCCAUCUAAAAAUUUUGAACUAGUUUUCUUGAAAUUACUAGGCAGCAGUUGUUUGCAUGUGGAUGUGGGAAUGUCACUUAGUACAACAGAGUAAUGUUUUAAUCUUGUGUUGUGGUUUUUAGUUCAGAAAGAAUGAGAAUGCCAAGAAGUUACCUUCUGAUUCCUGCUCUUAAUCAGAAGAUAGUAUUAAUCUUUCUUUGCAGAAAAAGACCAACUUUAAUCUUCUUUCACUCACAGUUCAUUUUUGCAGUCUAUAUUAGUCUCAUUUGAGAGGUUAAAUGCUGGUGAUGUUAUCACCUCUUCUCUCAUGUUGCAGAAUCUCUUUUCCCAGUACCUUUUGCCUUUAAGGCCACUGUCUUUGUUUUGCUUUGGUGGGGUUAUAUAUUAAAAGUCACUUUUUCUUCACAUGUUGCCGUUUGGUCUGUUACACUUCCAGAAGUAUAAAUUUUAGUGAGUAGCUGAUAGACCUCUUAUAAACAGUUUGCUAUCUGAGCAGGGUGUUUUAUCUUUGCACAGAAAAAUGCAGGUUAUUUCUAUGCUACUGAUGUUGAUAGUGCACGCACAGAUGAAAAUAGAUCCUUCAAUACGGGACCACUUGGAAAGGCAAUUUUGUCCUUUUUCUGUUGAGAAAAGCUUCUGUGGAAUUCUAAAAGUGUAAUUUGCUUUGUUUUACCAUAUUGUAUUUAAAAUACUCCACAAAUGUUAAUAAUGCUCUAAAAGAAUUGAAUAUUGCUGCUGGACAGUAUGCUCCACUGAAAACCUGUGAAUGUUUCACUUUGCAGUUAUAGGUAGUUGUGGCCCUAAUGGCAGAUAGAAGUUGGUGACUUCUCUGGAAUGAUCACCAUAAGAAUUUGUUUCUUAAAUACCUUCUUUGAAGUGCCUUUGACCAAUUUUUAGCAUCAAAAUUAAGUUGAGAAUUGAAUAAAUAAAAUAAGUUAUCUCAUACACACUUCAUGUCUGUCUUCAUUUACCCUUCCUGUAUGUGAGUAGUGUAGCAUAGCAGCACAAUUCAGUCUAAUAAAACUAUUCUUUCUUUUUUUUUAA